AUGUCUGGCGAAGCAUGGCUGUUUUUGCUGGCGGUGCUGGUUAACGCCGUCAACCUGUUCCUGCAGGUCUUCUUCACCAUCAUGUACAGCGAUCUGGAAUGGUACGCAACAAGCAUCACCAGCUCUCCGCGGCUCGGUAGCGCGCGGCUUCCUGGCCCCGGGCUGCCCUGCCGUGCUCUCGUCGACUACACGAACCCCAUCGACCUUUGCAAGAACCUCAACAAGUACAUCAUUCCCGAAGCCGCCGUCCAUGGAUUCCUCACCUUCCUGUUCCUUAUCAAUGGCUACUGGGUACCUUUGAUCCUGAAUCUGCCGCUUCUCGGAUGGAAUGCGAACAAGAUCAUCAACAACACCCAUUUCCUUGACGCAACUGAGAUCUUCCGAAAGUUAAACGUUCACAAGAAGGAAUCUUUCUUCAAGCUCGGCUUCCACCUCGUCAUGUUCUUCUUCUACCUCUACAGCAUGAUUGUCGCUCUUAUCCGUGACGAGUCCUCCUAA